CCAUGAAUCUCAUCCGCUGCUGCUUAUCUCUUGCUCGGAGAUCUCCUUCCCAUUUCCUGAAUCUCUCCACCACGCAAACCCUAGUCUCUCCAUCAUCAUCUCGCUCUAAGUUGAUCACCUUCCAAACAAUGGUCUCGCGCGCUUACACAACGCCGUCUCAUUCUUCCGGGAAGCUACUCUUCCGUCAGCUCUUCGAGAAGGAUUCCUGCACCUAUACUUACUUGCUCGCUGAUGUCUCUCAUCCCGAUAAACCUGCUCUGUUGAUUGACCCAGUUGACAAGACAGCGGAGAGAGACCUUUCCCUUGUUAAAGAGUUGGGACUCAAGUUAAUUUAUGCUAUGAACACGCAUGUCCAUGCUGACCAUAUAACUGGCACUGGCCUCAUAAAGACCAAGGUUCCAGGUGUGAAAUCUGUCAUUUCUGAAGCAAGCAAAUCAAAAGCGGACCUCCUGAUUCAAGCUGGUGAUAAGAUAUAUUUCAGUGACCUGUUUUUGGAGGUUCGAUCUACUCCAGGCCAUACUUUUGGCUGUGUUACAUAUGUUACAGGGGAUGGCCCUGAUCAGCCCCAACCAAGGAUGGCCUUUACUGGGGAUGCCUUACUAAUACGUGGUUGUGGAAGAACUGAUUUUCAGGGUGGGAGUUCACAUGACAUUUUUUGUUGAAGGGUUAUUUUAUUU